AUGCGUUGCUUCGUCAGCAGCGACAACCAGCAGCUGCAGCUGCUCUACGCGGAGUGCAUCCUGUCAGUGCUCAGCAGCUGCUCCUCCUCCAUGCACCUGCACCGGGGCUUCACCGACCUCAUCUGGAAGAACCUUUGUCCGGCUCUCAUUGUGAUCUUGGGGAAUCCAAUUCAUGACAAAACCAUCACCUCGGCCCACAGCAGCAGCACCAGUACCAGCUUUGAGUCAGACUCGGCCACGGGAGUUGCUGACCACGGCCGGGGCUCAGGCUGCUCCUCCACGGCGCCGGCCCUGAGCGGACCUGUGGCUCGGACCAUCUAUUACAUCGCCGCCGAGCUGGUCCGGCUGGUGGGCUCGGUGGACUCCAUGAAGCCCGUGCUCCAGUCCCUGUACCACCGCAUGCUGCUCUACCCCCCGCCUCAGCACCGGGGGGAAGCCAUCAAGAUCAUGAAAGAGAUACUUGGGAGUCCACAGCGUCUUUGUGAUUUGGCCGGACCCAGCUCUACGGAACCAGAAUCCAGAAAGAGAUCCAUUUCAAAAAGAAAGUCGCAUCUGGAUCUUCUCAAACUCAUCAUGGAUGGCAUGGCUGAGGCCUGCAGCAAGGGAGGCAUCGAAGCUUGCUAUGCCGCCGUGUCCUGCGCCUGCACCCUCCUGGGGACCUUGGACGAGCUCAGCCAGGGCAAGGGCCUGAGUGAGGGGCAGGUCCAGCUGCUGCUGCUGCGCCUGGAAGAGCUGAAGGAUGGGGCGGAGUCGAGCCGCGACUCCAUGGAGAUCAACGAGGCCGACUUCCGAUGGCAGCGGCGAGUCCUGUCCUCAGAGCACACGCCCUGGGAGUCGGGUUCCAAGAGGAGCCCCGACAUCAGCAUCAGCGUGACCACCGACACGGGACAGACCACCUUGGAGGGGGAGUUGGGUCAGACGACCCCGGAGGACCAGUCUCACUACUCUGAAAGCCACAAGAAUGGCUUCAGGUCACCAGCCACCCACGAGGACAAAGAGACCCCGAGCAAAGUGUCCGAGCCAGAACCAGUUGACCAACCCGACGUCGUGCAAAGAAGUCACGUGGUGGUUUACCCGGACAUAACGAAUUUCCUGUCUGUUGACUGCAGGACACGGUCUUACGGGUCCAGGUACAGCGAGAGCAACUUCAGCGUGGAUGACCAAGACUUCUCUCGGACAGAGUUCGAUUCCUGUGACCAGUACUCCAUGGCUGCCGAAAAGGACUCGGGGAGGUCUGACGUGUCGGACAUCGGGUCCGACAACUGUUCACUGGCCGAAGAAGAGCAGACCCCCCGGGACUGCCUGGGCCCCAGGUGCCUGCGCACGGCUGCUCUGUCUCUGAAACUGAUGAAGAAUCAGGAGGCUGACCAGCACAGUGCCAGACUCUUUGUGCAGUCCCUGGAGAGCCUCCUGCCCCGGCUCCUGGCUCUCCCCAGUGUGGGCGAGGUGGACUCGGCCCUCCAGAGCUUUGCCUCAACCUUCUGCUCAGAGUUUAUGAAGCAAGUGCAGUCCAGCGGGGUGCUGAUGGUCUUCUCCCAGGCCUGGAUUGAGGAACUUUACCAUCGCGUGCUUGAGCGGAACAUGCUUGGCGAAGCUGGCUACUGGGGCAGUCCCGAGGACAACAGCCUGCCCCUCAUCACCAUGCUGACCGAUAUUGACGGCUUGGAGAGCAGUGCGAUCGGGGGCCAGUUGAUGGCCUCGGCGUCUGCAGAGUCUCCUUUCACCCAGAGCAGGAGGAUUGAUGACUCCACAGUGGCAGGUGUGGCGUUCGCUCGCUAUGUUCUGAUUGGCUGCUGGAAGAACUUGAUCGAUACCCUGUCUACCCCUCUGACUGGCCGGAUGGCCGGGAGCUCCAAAGGCCUGGCCUUCAUCCUGGGAGCUGAAGGCAUCCAAGAGCAGAACCAAAAGGAGCGGGAUGCCAUCUGCAUGAGCCUGGAUGGGCUGCGGAAGGCUGCGAGGCUGAGCUGCGCCCUAGGAGUCGCCGCGAAUUGCGCCUCGGCGCUGGCUCAGAUGGCAGCUGCUUCCUGUGUCCAGGAAGAGAAAGAAGAGCGUGAAGUCCAAGAACCCAGCGAUGCCAUCACACAAGUGAAACUGAAAGUGGAGCAGAAACUGGAGCAGAUGGGGAAGGUGCAGGGGGUGUGGCUGCACACGGCCCACGUCUUGUGCAUGGAUGCCAUCCUCAGCGUGGGCCUGGAGAUGGGGAGCCACAACCCGGACUGCUGGCCACACGUGUUCAGGGUGUGUGAGUACGUGGGCACGUUGGAGCACAACCACUUCAGCGAUGGCACCGCACAGCCCCCUCUGACCAUCAGCCAGCCCCACAAGGCACCGGGCAGCACUGGACUUCUCGGGGACCUUGAGUGUCAGGACUCACUCCAGGAGCUGAGCCUGCAACAGGGGAGCUCCCUGAGCCCAGCCCCUGUCAUACAGCCCCUCUCCAUCCAGGAGCUCGUCAGAGAAGGCAGCCGUGGCCGGGCCUCUGACUUCCGAGGUGGCAGCCUCAUGACUGGGGGCAGUGCCGCCAAGGCCGUGCUCGCCCUCUCCACGCAGGCUGACAGGCUCUUUGAAGAAGCUACAGAUAAAUUGAACCUGAUGGCUUUGGGAGGUUUUCUCUACCAGCUGAAGAAAGCUUCGCAGUCCCAGCUUUUCCACUCGGUGACGGAUACUGUCGACUACUCUCUGGCCAUGCCAGGAGAAGUGAAAUCCACCCAGGACCGAAAAAGUGCCCUCCACUUGUUCCGUCUGGGAGACGCCAUGCUGAGGAUCGUGCGGAGCAAAGCGCGUCCCCUGCUCCAUGUGAUGCGGUGCUGGAGCCUGGUGGCCCCACACCUGGUGGAGGCGGCUUGCCACAGGGAGAGGCCUGUGUCUCAGAAAGCCGUCUCCUUCAUCCAUGACAUCCUGACGGAGGUCCUCACUGACUGGAAGGAGCCGCCGCAUUUCCACUUCAAUGAGGCGCUCUUCCGGCCGUUUGAGCGGAUCAUGCAGCUGGAGCUGUGUGAUGAGGAUGUCCAAGACCAGAAUUCUGCACUCUUCUUUUCCUCAGGGAAAGGCCAAGCGCCGGUCUUUGAUGUGUUUGAAGCUUUUCUCAACACCGACAACAUCCAGGUCUUUGCUAAUGCUGCCACGAGUUACAUCAUGUGCCUCAUGAAGUUUGUCAAAGGACUAGGUGAGGUGGACUGCAAGGAGAUUGGAGACUGUGUUCCGGGGCCAGGAGCAGCCUCCACCGACCUGUGCCUGCCGGCCCUGGAUUACCUCCGGCGCUGUUCUCAGUUAUUGGCCAAAAUCUACAAAAUGCCCUUGAAGCCAAUCUUUCUGAGCGGGCGGCUUGCCAGCCUGCCUCGCAGACUUCAGGAACAGUCAGCGAGCAGCGAGGAUGGGAUUGAGUCGGUUCUGUCCGAUUUUGAUGACGAUACUGGUCUGAUCGAAGUCUGGAUCAUCCUACUGGAGCAGUUAACAGCAGCUGUGUCUAAUUGUCCACGUCAGCACCAGCCACCAACCUUGGACCUACUCUUUGAGCUGUUGAGAGAUGUUACCAAAGUACCUGGGCCAGGCUUCGGGAUCUACGCGGUCGUGCACCUCCUCCUCCCUGUGAUGGCCCUCUGGCUCCAGCGCAGCCACAAAGACCACUCUUACUGGGAUGCGGCCUCGGCGAACUUCAAGCACGCCAUUGGUCUGUCCUGUGAGCUGGUGGUAGAGCACAUCCAAAGCUUCAUACACUCAGACAUCCGGUACGAGAGUAUGAUCCACACCAUGCUGAAGGACCUCUUUGACUUACUCGUUGCCUGUGUGGCCAAGCCCACAGAAACCAUCUCGAGAGUGGGCUGCUCCUGUAUUAGGUACGUCCUGGUGACGGCGGGACCAGUGUUCACGGAGGAAAUGUGGAGACUUGCGUGCUGUGCCCUGCAGGAGGCCUUCUCAGCCACCCUCAAGCCAGUGAAGGACCUGCUGGGCUGUUUCCACAGCGGCACGGAGAGCUUCAGUGGGGAAGGCUGCCAGGUGCGGGUGGCGGCCCCCUCCUCCUCCCCCAGUGCCGAGGCAGAGUACUGGCGCAUCCGAGCCAUGGCUCAGCAGGUGUUUAUGCUGGACACCCAGUGCUCACCGAAGACGCCAAACAACUUCGAUCAUGCCCAGUCCUGCCAGCUCAUUAUUGAGCUUCCUCCUGAGGAGAAGCCAAAUGGACACACCAAGAAAAGCGUCUCCUUCAGGGAAAUUGUGGUGAGUUUACUCUCUCAUCAAGUGCUGCUCCAGAACCUGUACGACAUCUUGUUGGAAGAGUUCGUCAAAGGCCCCUGCCCGGGAGAGGAGAAGACUGUGCCGGUGCCCGAGAGCAAGCCGGCUGGCUUCCUCAGGUACAUCUCCAUGCAGAACCUGGCCGUCAUAUUUGACCUGCUGCUGGACUCCUACAGGACAGCCCGAGAGUUCGACACCAGCCCCGGGCUGAAAUGCCUGCUGAAGAAGGUGUCGGGCAUCGGGGGCGCCGCCAACCUCUACCGCCAGUCCGCCAUGAGUUUUAACAUCUACUUCCACGCGUUGGUGUGCGCCAUCCUCACCAACCAGGAGACCAUCGCGGCCGAGCAAGUGAAGAAGGCCCUGUUUGAGGACGAGGCGAGGAGCACCGACUCUUCCCAGCAGUGCUCAUCGGAAGAUGAAGACAUCUUCGAGGAGACGGCCCAGGUCAGCCCCCCGCGGGGCAAGGAGAAGAGGCAGUGGCGGUCCAGGCUGCCCUCGCUCAGCGUCCAGCCCGUGAGCAACGCCGACUGGGUGUGGCUGGUGAAGCGGCUGCACAAGCUGUGCCUGGAGCUGUGCCACACCUACAUCCAGAUGCACCUGGACCUGGAGGCCAGCCUGGAGGAGGCGCCGCUGCUCAAGAACGACCCCUUCUUCCUCCUCCCCUCCUUCCAGUCCGAGUCCUCCACGCCGUCCACGGGGGGCUUCUCCGGGAAAGAGACGCCCUCCGAGGACGACCGGAGUCAAGUCCGGGACCACCUCAGUGAGUGUCUGAGCCUGAGGGGGAGCAGCGGGGAGAUGCUGAUGCUGCCCCCGAGCCCCAAGGUGGAGGCGAGGGAGCCCGGCCCGAAGAAGGAGUGGUGGGAGAGUGCGGGCAACAAGCUCUGCACGCUGGCGGCCGACAAAACCAUCUCCAAGCUGAUGACGGAAUACAGAAAGCGGAAGCAACAGCAGCAGCACAGCCUGCCCCCUGCCUUCCCCAAAGUGGAGAAGAAGGGAGAGCCGCCGGCCCCCCGGGGCCAGGACUCCCCGCUGCUGCAGCGGCCCCAGCACCUGAUGGACCAGGGCCAGAUGCGCCAUUCCUUCAGCGCCGGGCCCGAGCUCCUGCGGCACGAGAAGCGGCCCCGCUCGGGCUCCACCGGGAGCUCCCUGAGCGUUUCCGUGCGAGACUCCGAGGCCCAGAUCCAGGCGUGGACCAACAUGGUGCUAACCGUUCUCAACCAGAUCCAGAUCCUGCCGGACCAGACCUUCACUGCCCUGCAGCCCGCGGUGUUCCCGUGCAUCAGCCAGCUGACCUGCCACGUGACUGACAUCCGAGUGCGGCAGGCCCUGCGAGAGUGGCUGGGCCGCGUGGGCCGCGUGUAUGACAUCAUUGUGUAAAGUCCAUGGGAAAUCACCCUGCAGGGGUUAGAGGACGCUUGCCAACCCAACGGAUAGCAUCCCCCAGCACCCGCGCCCCACAGCAACUCAAGUCUCCGAGAACAAUGUUUCCUAACAUUGUAGAAGGGGGGGGAAGAGGAACCCCCUCUCUGAUCACUCCCUCAUGAAGCAGCGUUGUGGUGCCAUAGGGGUACCGAGGUGCGGUGCCUAGGUGGCCAACCGCUGACUUGGAUUUUUCCAGAAGAGACUUCCACUCCUUGACAAAUCUUUCUAAAUCUUAAGAACUGUGUUUCUCAGUGCUUUGCUUGCCGUGUUAGCUAUCCAUCCCCGAAUGGGUCCGUUCGGAGGAGCAGUCCUCUGAAACCCCCGCAUUGCCCCAUUGAUGGACCAUUUACAAAGGCACUCUUUUCUGGAAACGCCUGCUGGUAAGUCAAGCUGAUGUGUAAACCCUCAGACACUGUUAACCGGAGAAAGAUUUAGAUUCUGAUGGCAGGUUGGGUGGGAAGAAAGCAGAUGCAAAACUCUCUUCUAAGGGGUAAUAAGAAAGGUAUGUCCUUUGCUGCGGGAUAUUCCAGAACAUUUCAAAAUUGUUUGUAAAUGACCAAGCCUCUCAGAUCGGUCAAUACCAACUUCCGGUGUAAGGUACUGCUGUGCCUUCAAUUCCCUAUUUCUGGAGGAAGACCCUUCCUUCCUGGCAGGUGUCUCAGACACAGGGACCCCAGAGGUAACGGCUGUCCCAUCAGCCUUUGCUUCUGCGCCCAGAGAAACAAGGAAAGACGAAAUGGUGCCUUAGCCCCUUGUUGCACAGAUGUUUCUAUGCUCCACAGACAGCUGAACACAUAAGUACAGCAUCCGGUUUUUAAGGAAAAAGGAAAUUCAAAAUGCAACUCAUUUUACGUCAAUACCCUUGGAGGAGAGGGAGUCCGAAUCCUCCAUCCAGCGAGCUGACUUCUCAGGGAUUGGGAACAGGAAGUGUUGGGUAGGGAGACACAAGGAGGGUGGGAAAGGGGAUUAUGAUAUGAUAUAAUCACCCCAAGUCUUCAUUUUAGAAACCGGCAGAUAGUUUUUACAAGUGAUACAACCACUAGUCUCAGAAGGAAAACUGAAAGGGAAGGGGCAGAGAAUGACAUAUGUCUUAGCCUUAUAUUCACUGUUAAAAUAUUUCUUUUCCCAAUUAUUACUAGAAAAUGAAUUUGGAACUUUUAAAAAUUCACAAUGUAUUUUAUGGGUCUUAAACUCUAAUCCUAAUGAUUAAAACCCUUCUGUCAAGCCUAUUUAUAAACAUUCUAGAGAGUACAAUUAAUGGCUAAAGCAUAUAAUUUUGCCAGACCCAAAAACUAUAUUCAUAAUUGCAUAUGUCAUCUUUUAAAAAUAAGAGCUGACCUCUUCAAUCUUGAGUGAAAUACGGGUUUGAAACUGAGCUGACUUCAGCCCUGGUGGGUGCAAAUUUUGCCUUCCUUGGGAAAUGGGUAGCUAUGUCCAGUUGGGGAAGCGAGGGUUCCCUGCAGCAGUCUAAAAGAAAGCACCGUACCAUCUCACGGGCCACCACAAGGACCGCACACUCUAGAAGAGAGUUGGUUCAAGUUUAGAAGUUGCUCUUCAGCUCUUUGGUCGCAACAGGCAAUGCAUUCUUGGGAUAGCAACGAGCUGUUUCCAAGACUGGCAGUUUUAUGCUUUGUAAGUGGAAUUGAAAGCCGACACUUCCAAAAAGAAAAAAACAGGUGGCAACACGGCUGUCUUUUCUUUUUCUAACUAUUUGAUUUAGCUCCACAUUUUAAUGGUGUGAGGUAAGGGGAAAGAAUGAAACGGAUUAUAAAAUCGGAGUACUUACAAGUGUAUUUGUAGCAACUGUUGAAAAGCAUACAAAGUUAAAGGGAGCCCUUUCCUAUGUUCAAAGUUCACGUUCCAGGAAUAGAUUAGCUGUUUAGAAAUCAAUUCACUCUCAUGAAACUAGUUUUAUCCAAUGUGGAUAUCCAAACCUGCUCUAGUAAACUGACCCAAGAAUAAAAACAUCAGUUGCUUUA